AUGUCCGCCUUUCGCAAAAUUAACUUGAACCAGCUCAAGCAGGUCCAGAAACUCUCGGCGGAGAUUUUCGGUGAGACGUACAACCCCACGGGAAUCAGAAACGGGUCUGAGGUCUUGCGUGCUCCUUUGAGAGGUAAGGAAAUUGCGUCAUACUACGGAGUCAAUGAAUCUGCGCCCACUUUCAAAGAUUUCAAGAAAUGGUUUCCCGAAUUGAACUUCAUUGAUCCAAAAGAAACCUACAGAAUGAAGAUGGUCAUCGAUAGGAAGAAGAGAGGCAAGGGUGCGCCAAAGAAGAAGUCCAGUUGA